UACUCGCCGCCGGCACCAUCACAACAACAUGCAGCUGCACCUGAUCACUCUGUGCCUGGUGGCGGGCUCGGCCCUCGCGCAGCAAGCGCGGACAGUGGCGCCAGUGCCGCAGUACAGUCCGUUCCAGAGCUACCAGCGGCAGGCACUGCAGUACCAGCAGUACCAGCAGCAGUACCAGCAGCAGUACCAGCAGCAGGCACAGUUCCAGCAGUACCUGCAGCGAGCAGCCGCCGCCCCCAUCCUGCAGUACUCCAACGACGUCAACCCCGACGGCUCCUUCCAGUACAGCUACCAGACCGGCGACGGCAUCCAGGCGCAGGCUGCCGGCUACACCAGGAACCUGGGCAUCAAGAACGCCGAGGCGCAGGUGGUGCAGGGCUCGUACUCGUACACCGGCCCCGACGGCAAGGUGUACACCGUCAACUACAUCGCCGACGAGAACGGCUACCGCGCCGAGGGCGCCCACCUGCCCACGCCGCCCGCCGUGGCCGCCGUGGCCGUCGCCAAGAGCCUGCCCUACUACCAGCAGCAGCAGGCGUUCGCCCGGCAGCAGCCCUUCCAGUACAGGCCGUUCCAGCAGUUCCAGCGAAGGUUCUGAGCCCCCCGAGCGCCCCGCCCCCGCAGCACUCCUCGUCCCGAUCCGACUGAUAUGACGCGCCUCACUCCUGGAGUCGCUCCUGGAGUCCAGGCUGCCUCCGAUCGCUCGGAGCGGGCAGCGCGGGCAGCGCGCUAGCGCCAGGCGCCGCUGCGGCCCACCCACCGGACACCACGAAAACACUCAAGAUCCGCUAAUUUUGCUUUACGGGAAAUUUCUUGGCCGAGAAAACUGCUGCUUUUUUUUUUCUAUUUUUGUAUUGUUUUGAUAAUAAAACGAACGGUUCCUCGCACGA